AUGUCUUUAAUAUUUUACUUUUCUCCAUAGUCUCCUCCUUCAAGAGCAGUUCGUUCAUUACUUUUGUUGUCAAAGGUUGUUUUUUAAGGCAAAAUUGUGGAUCUAAUGAAAGGAGAACAUAAAACUCCUGAAUAUUAAUAUAUCAAUCCAAACUAAUCUUUGCCAGCACUAGUAGAUGGAGAAUUGAAGCUUUUUGAAAGUCAUGCCAUUCUAAAAUAUAUUGCUAUAAAAAAGGAGUUAACCCAAUUUUAUCCAAGAGUAAAACAAUAUAAAAUUAUAAGGAUUUCCGAAGCAGAGCAAGAGUAGACUGUUACUUAGAUUGGAGUCAAACUGGUUUAGAUGCUAUAGGAACAUAUACAAAUUAAUGUUUUCUAUUUCCAAUGUUGAUGAAGAAACCUGUACCUUAAAAUAAAGAAUAAAUGUAUGAGGAUACAAUAGAUACACUUAAAUUCUUUGAAUCUAUUUUUUUAAAGGGAAGAUACAUAUAAAAUCAACCAUCAAUAACAAUAGCUGAUUUAAAGUAUUUAUAAAAAAUAUUAAAGAUGUAUUGCUGAUUUGACCCAACUCUUAUUGACCGGUUUCGAUUUCAAUUAAUUUCCAAAAAUUAGAGAUUAUCUAUAAGAAAUGUUCUCAAUACCAGAAAUUAGAGAAGCUUAUACUGAAUAUAUAGACGUUAUUAAAAAUACUAAACCUAAUGAUUCAAUUACUUAUAUCAUUAGUGGAAUUGACAAAAAAUAAAAUUGGUAAAUUAAUUUAUAUCAUCAUCCUUUCUCAUCUCCUUCUAGAGCUGCCAGAACUACUUUAUUACAUAGUGGAGUUGAAUAUAACGAAAAAAUUAUCUAUAUCUAAAAAGGAUAAAAUAAAACUCCUGAAUACUAAGCAAUUAAUCCUAAUGAAUCUCUUCCAGCUAUUUAAGAUGGAAACUUAUCUUUAUUUGAAAGUGGUGCUAUUAUGAAAUAUGUGGCUCAAAAAUUUAAAUUAUAUAAUCUGUAUCCUUUCAAUUUCUAAACCAAAGCACAAGUAGAUUAAUAUUUAGAUUUUCACAUAACUGAAAUGUAAUCACUUACUAAAUAUGCUUUCUCUUGUUUUAUUGGUCCUACUCUUAUGAAAUUGCCAAUACCCUCUAAUAAAGAAUAAUAAUUAAAAGAUGUUAAAGGCACUCUAGAAUUCUUUGUUAAAAUAUUUUUAAACAAAGGAAAUUGGGCUUAUAUUAAUGGAUCAUCAAUUCCUACUUUAGCAGACAUUAAAGUUUGUUGUGAUUUAGCUUAAUUAUUUAUUACAGAUUUUCCUUUUGAACAUAUUUUAGGUUUGGAUACUUAUAUAUAAAGAGUAUUUCAAAUGCCUGAAAUGAAAAAAUCGCAUAGAGAAUACUUUCAAUUUUUGUAAAGUUAAAAAAUUGGAAAAUUUGCUUUACAAAUUACUCAAAUUCUAGAUUCAAUACGUCCAAAAGAAAAAUUAACUUUAUACUAUAAUUUUGUAUCUCCCCCUUCUAAAGCUGUAAAAUCAUUAUUAAAAAUGGCUUAUAUAAAUUUCACUGAAAAAGAUAUUGACAUCUAAGGAGGAGAAAAUACAAGACCUCCUUAUAAUAUUAUUAAUCCUAACUAAAGUCUUCCAGCUAUCACUUAUGGCAAUUUUAAUUUAUUUGAAAGUCAUGCUAUCAUGAAAUUUAUAUGUAUCCAAUUUAAUCUCACUGAUUUCUAUCCUAAUUAUCCAUUAAGAAGCAAAAUAGAUUCCUUUUUAGAUUUCCAUCACACUGGUUUCAAAUCAUUAACUCUAUAUUCUAUGGAUUUCUUUUUUGGUCCUAAAUUUAUGAAAAAAUAAAUGCCAAAUAAUAAAUAAGAAAGACUUAGAGAAAUAAAUGAGUUACUUCAAUUUUUUAUUGAUACAUUUUUAGGAGGAGGACAUUACAAGUAUAUCAUGGCAUCCAGAACUCCAACAAUUGCAGAUUUAACGUAAAUUAAUUAUAUAAAAUUAGAUUUAUAGCAGAAAUUUCUGGCUUGUUUUUUGUUGAUUUUGAUUUUACACCUUUUCCUUCCUUAAAAAACUAUCUAAGAAAUUUAUUUGAAAACAGAUAAAUUCGAGAUACUUAUAGCAAGUAUUUUUUGGUAGCAAGAUUUAUGACUUCUUCAAUGAAUCCAUAUAUUUCAUCAAUAGUAAAAGGAACAAAAGAGGGAGAAAAUGCAUGUUGCGAAUUAAUUUGA